AUGUCGCGGACCCAAUACCGGAUCCAAUGCCCCAAAUACAAGGACCUCCUCCUCAAAUUAACUCUGUUACAACAAUCACUAUACUUUCGAGCUCUUCAUAGUAAUGAUCAGAACGGAGCGAAUGGAAAUGGUGAUACGUCAAAUGCCGGUAAUACCACUAAGACGCUUAUUAUCGCUGGUGCAGUGGUUGCAGGAGUUAUCGUUGUUGGUGGCUUGUUUAUGGUGGUGUAUAGAUUCCGGAAGACGAGAGAGGAUUGGGAUGAAGACGGAGAGAUUGAUUUGCGUGGUGACUCUGCGUGGGAGUAUUCGUUGGAUUAUGACGGAUAG